AAAAGUCAUGAGAUACAGAAGGGCAGUUCUCUCCUACUUACAACCAAUAUGUAUCGCACGACUGCGAACAAGACAGUUGCUUUCAGAGCAUCGAGACUGACAUCAACGGUUUUCAAAAUCGUCGAAUACGAUGAUAUAUACUCGGAACAUCCGUUCAUUUAUGCAAAAAUCGUUCCAGGAGUGAUCGUUCUCAUCGAUUCAGGGUGUGGAGGAGCGACAAAUGAUCCAACAAUCGAUGUGACGAGCUUACGCGAAUUUAUUGAAACUUGGCCUAUCGCUAACAACGAUGAUAAGCCUCUCAACGAGAAUGGAAGGUUCGAGUAUAUCGUUGUGUGCACACACUGUCAUUAUGAUCAUAUUCUUGCUUUGGAGCAAUUCUCAACAGACUCUCAAAUAUUGGCCUCUUCGUACUGCCCGUCAUUCCUUGCACCUGAGAAUCUCCCUCAAAACAGUCAAUGCAGACGGUUGAAGAUAUCUGUGCCGAAAUAUACGCCAACGCUAAUGGCUCACCAAUCAUGCGUUACUUUCGAAGGGAAGAACACAGGGCUCCAGAUAUUACACACGCCUGGACAUACACCGGAUGAACUUGCGCUAUGGGAUGCAAAGGAGUGUAUGCUAUACGUCGGCGACACCGUGUACGAAUGGGAGCCAGUUCUUUUCCCUCCAGAAGGAGACAUAGUCCAAUGGUUCGAGACGAUGGAUUCCCUAAUCGACUUCGUUCAAAAUGCGAACCAGUGCACUCCGCGCGAACCCGUGAAAAUCAAUUGUGGACACGACACAAGCAUGGCAGAUGCGUUGGAUGUCUUGGAGGAAGGAAGGUCAUUCUUGGCAGACGUGGUCGCAGGGAAGGAGCCUGUCAAGAAGCGCACGAAGGUCGAUGGUAUCAAGCUCGUUUCUUAUGCGCGUGCAGAUGGCAGAUUCAGUUUGCGAUGUCCGGAGAAGCUGGUAAUCGACGCUAGAGAGAGGAUGCCGAAUUUGCGUAUAUAG